UUAGUCCCAAUCAAUAAAGAACUUAAUCUAAAAAAUGGCGCUCAAAGUUUUAUCUGCGCUUGAUGUCGCCAAGACCCAAUAUUACCACUUUAAAGCGAUCAUUAUCGCAGGUAUGGGUUUAUUUACCGAUAGUUACGAUUUGUUUUGUAUCCCUCUAAUCAUGAGGAUGAUAGGAAGGAUAUAUUACCCUAAGGUAGAUAAAACCGUGGACCCAAAGAAAUGGUUUGAGGUUCCAACCGUUAUUGCAUCCACAAUGUUUUGUGUCGCGCUAAUGGGGGCUGUGAUUGGUCAACUGGUUUUCGGCCAGCUUGGAGACCGUGUCGGACGUCGUCGUGUGUAUGGAGUUUCUCUCAUCAUGAUGGUAGUAGGGUCUAUUGGAUGCGGAUUAUCGCUCUCUAGUUUGACGUCGAUGGUGUUUGUGAGCCUUGGGUUCUUUCGGUUCUUGCUUGGGAUGGGAAUAGGAGGGGACUACCCAUUAUCGGCCACGAUUAUGGCGGAGUUCGCUAAUAAGCGGACUCGUGGAGCGUUUAUAGCAGGUGUGUUCUCCAUGCAAGGGUUUGGGAUACUUUUGAGUUCGCUCGUGUCCAUGAUAGUGUGCUCCAUUUUCGAAGCUAGUGCCAACAAGCACAAUCUAGAAAAGCCGUCCGAACUUGCACCGUUAGUAAACAUUGCUCCUAUCUCGCCUGAAUCGGACCUGGCAUGGCGGCUUAUUCUCAUGAUUGGUGCGAUUCCAGCAUCUAUGACUUAUUAUUGGCGGAUGAAGAUGCCAGAAACCGCACGAUUCACUGCUUUGGUGGAGAACAACGCAUUACAAGCAGCAAAAGACAUAGGAAAAGUGAUGAACGUACCACUGAGUACAAUCCAAGAAGAUGUCGAGAUGAUAAACACGCCGAACACUCGUGCUGCUCUCUCCAACACCUACCCUUUCUUCUCUCGCGAAUUUCUCCGACGUCACGGGCGUGAUCUCAUCGCAGCAUCCAUCAACUGGCUUCUCAUCGAUAUUGUCUUCUACAGCCUCAACUUAUUCCAAUAUCAUGCGUUUAGAGGCCUUAUGAAAUCAAAGAUAAACAUCAACCUAUAUCAAGAUGCAAUGCAAAUCGCCAAAUACCAAGCACUCAUUGCCAUUUGUGCAACCAUUCCUGGAUAUAUCGUGACAGUUUACAUGAUUGAUCAUGUCGGGAGAGUCAAGAUUCAAGCAGCAGGGUUCUUUUUCAUGGCUAUAAGCUUGUUCACAAUCGCAAAAGUAAACAAAGGUGGAUUAAAUCAAGGUCCCGGUUUCAUUAUCCUCUAUGGACUUACUUUCUUUUUCUCCAAUUUUGGGCCCAACACUACAACCUUUAUAGUUCCUGCUGAGCUUUUUCCGGCGAGGUUUCGUGCAACUUGUCAUGGGAUCUCUGGUGCGGUUGGAAAACUAGGGGCGAUAAUCGGGUUGAUCGGGUUUAUAUUGGCUUCUCGUGAGCAGCCAAAAGGUAUUGAGGCGUCGCAUACGUUGACGGCGAUGGGCGGGGUUUGUGUUUUAGGGUUUUUUGUGACGUAUUUUUUUACUAGAGAGACAAUGGGACGGUUGUUGGAGGAGAAUGAGAAUGUUGAUGAGCUUACUGGUGUUUGGUUUGUUAGAUUUUGGCCUCACAAAGUUUGGGAUUAAAAGAAAUGAAGUAAACACAGGUGAAAGGAUGUCUCUUUAUUGAGAUAUUAGUUUUGUGUUUGAUUGCAUCCACAAAAACUUUUGAGGGCGUUUGAAUUGGCAUUUAGCAAGCUCAAACACCCUUUAAAGAUAGUAGAAGUGAUGACCACAGAUAGAUGAUUAGAUGAAAGUUUAUGUAAAGACGUGUGCCCAUGUAUCAUAUUGGUAUAUAGAUUUAAUGAAAUUGGGUGUGUUAGCUUGUAUAACUGUUUUUAGAGACCGAAAAAAAAGUUUU